AUGACUACCCGUAGAAGAACUCUCCUCAAGGUCAUCAUCCUUGGUGAUAGCAGGGAAGAGUUUCUGAUCCAGGCAACUCCGUCGGAUCCAGACAACUUUCCCUUUGUUGUAAUCGGUAAUGAAAUCAAUGUGGAUGGUGGAAACAGUCGGGUGGUCUCAGAGAAGAAAGCUCGAGCUUGGUGUGCAUCAAAAGGAAACAUUUCAUACUAUGAAACCUCUGUCAAAGAAGGCACCAAUGUAGAAGACACAUUCCUUUGUAUCACCAAGGAUGCAAAAAGAGUGGCGAAUAGGAAGAAAUGUAGGUUUUUAGAUUUUAUGCAGCUUCUUUUUUGCGGACCAGAGAACAUGCCUUAA